ACGUUCUCCACGUCUCCCCCUGUCGCUCUCUCGGGAAACUCUCUAGUCGUCCCCCACCGAUUUCCACUUCGAAACUCACCGGAACUAUAAUCAAAAUCAACGUCUAGCUUUAUCGAUCUCUCAUUCGUUACAUUUCCACCGCUGGGAGAAUGGAAAUUCUGAGAGGCGACUCUUCCAAAACCACCGCUGCUACUGCGGUGCCCGGAAACGAUGAAGACGUACGCCGAAAUCGAAUUCGAUCAAGCAAACUCUACCUCGACGUGAUUCCUUCUAAGGUUCCUUUAAUUUAUUCGUCUUCAUACGAUAUCUGCUUCAUGGGAAUGGAAAAGCUGCAUCCUUUUGACUCUUCUAAAUGGGGUCGCAUCUGCCGCUUUCUUAUUUCAGAAGGUUUUCUGGACAAAAAGAACAUAGUUGAACCUCUGGAGGCUACAAAAGAUGAUCUUCGAGUGGUAUUCAUUCUUUGUUGAGAUUCUUGACUUGCA